AUGAGUAACCAUCCCAGAGUUCUAGCUAUAGCGGCAAGUAAUUCGUUUAAAUUACUUUUAGACUGUGGACUAUAUUUUUUUAAUGAUGAUGAUGAUAAUGAUAAUGACGAGGAUUUAACCUGUGAGAAAGAGGUUCCAAUCAGGAUCAAAAACUACAUAGAAAAUGUUGUUGUUCAAAAUAUUAUUCUCAUACGCCUCAAUAAGGAAAAGUGUUUCAGACUUGGUCCACUUUUGACUCUUUUUUCAUUUGUACUACACAAUAAAAAAAUUGUAAACUUCAAAUAA